AUGAAUUAUAGUAAAGUACAUCCAGCAAAUGCUUGUGUUGUUACAUAUUGUAAUAACCCACAAAAAACUAAUUCUUGUAUAGGGAAAAGAGAUCCUGAUGCAACAGUUGAUAUUGAUAUAACUCCAAAACCAACAAAUGGAUUAUUUCAACAACUAAAUCCUAACCAGAAACAUAUUGAAUUACAUGACAUUGUUAUAUGUAUGAACAUCACAUCUUAUCAUAAUGAAGAUAGAGACACUACCUUUCAAUUAGAAACAAGUGCUACAGAAAAUGUUAUAAUUACCUCUUUAAUUAGUAAUAUGAAAAUAAAGUUUUAUAUAAUCGAAAUUUGUGAUCAAAUCGUAGCUGAACAAAAUCAACCUGAAAUAGGUGAUAUUAUUGUAGAUUGUGAUGUACAAAAUGUUCAAUUCAGAGAAUAUAUUACUCCUCAUUUAGAGUAUAUAGAAGAAAUUUUAUGUAAAGGUUGUGAAUUACAAAUACAUCAAAUUGAGUUUUGUAUAGAACUUGAUAAAUUAAAAGUUUGUAGAUUAGAAAAAAAUGAUGAAACUGAUGCAUUUACUUUUGACCAAGGAAAUUACAUACUUGUAAUUAUGAUUGAUUACUUUGACUGGAUGUAUAAAUUUAAAAAAACUGCUGAAGAGCCUGAUGCUGAUAAAUUUGGUGAAACCUUUGAUAUUGAAGAAGAAAAUUGUGGAAUUCCAUUAUUUAUAACUUACUUACAAAUGGAACUUACCUGGAAACCUGACUUUGAUUCAACUAAUCCU